GCCGUCUCGAGCAUGCAGCGCGCUGUAUUGAUGCUGGCUUCGGCCGCCGCCACUGAUCUCUCGUGUCCGUACCUCUUGUCGCCAUACAACGUAUUGACGGCCGGGGCGUUGUGCCCGGCGAGCGCCAUCGUGUGCCAAGUCGACAACCUUUGCCAAGUGACGUGGGCGAGCGUUGGCAGCCAAUACAAGCUUGCUGACAUUGCGGGCAUCGGUGACUUGCGUCAGUACAGUCUGCAAAAGCUGAUCCUCCAAAACUCGACGACGCAUCUCCAAUUUGAAUCCAACUUUCAGCUGCCGUCCAUGCUGGCGGAAUUCGGCAUCGAGCACUCGCUUUUUCGCAACGUGAGUCAGCUCGACGGCAUCACCUGGCCGAGCCUCACUGCGCUGUACCUCAACGACGACAGCCUCGAACGCAUCCCCCAAGGUUUGCCCAAGGUCCUCGCCGAACUCUGGCUCGACGACAACCGUCUCACGACCCUGGAUGCGUCGCUCCCGACUGUCAGCAAUGUUUUCUCGGCCGAGCGCAAUGCCAUUCGGUCGAUUGUCAACGUGAAUUUCCGAUCCGCAGCGCGCAUCUACUUGUCGGGGAACGCGAUCUCGUCCAUCACCAACACGACAUUUGGCCAGGGUCUCACGCUCUUACAAUGUCCGCAGUGCGUUGCGUCGAUGCAGCUCACGAUCAGUGCAGACUCGUACGCUGUGCUGCAGAGUCUCGGGCCAUACAACGCUAGUACCAACACGGGCGUGAACUUUGGCAACCACGCCCUCACCAACAGCUCGAGCUGCGACCCCAAGGACGUUGCCAAUACGCUCUUUGGUCAGUACCCCGUGUGCAUUCGAGAUGCACCUGGAGUCACGCCCGCGACGCCCACUAAACGUGGCAACCUACUAGACGACGGACUGCCCACACUGUGGGUGGUUCUCUUGGUUCUGGGUGUACUUGUGCUUCUCUGCUGCAUCUUUUGCUGUUGUUUCUUUUGCUGCCGCUGUCAUCGCGCCAAAGAGGAUAGCGCGUCGUCGACGCCACCGAGCCAAGCGGCGCCAACACCAACACAUACAAAUUUCACUGCACUCGAGCACCUUCCCGCACCAUCGUGUCCGACCAACGUCACAAUGCCGGGCGUCCCCUACGUCCAAGUCACUAACACGUGCAACGUCAUCGCGGCACUUAUGCCGUGGCAGCUCCCGAUGGACGCCAUCACGUACAGCCAUGUUCUCUCAACCGGCGGCCACGGCCACGUCUGGCUCGGCUACUACGAGAAUGCCCCCGUCGCGAUCAAGACGCUUCGCAACGUCCACUCGUCUUUGGCCCAAGCCGCCUUUGCACGCGAGAUCCAGCUCAUGACGUCGCUGACGUCACCGCACAUUGUUGCGUGCAUCGGUGUCACGUGGUCGCUGGACGACAAUGACCUGCGGCUCGUGGUCGAGUACAUGGACCAGACCGACCUUCGCGAGUUUCUGCAAAAGACGAAUCCGAUCUCGUUUCCGUGGUCGCUCAAGGUCGCGUCGCUGACGAGCGUCGCGGCGGCGCUGCAGUACUUGCACGCUCGCGGCAUCGUCCACCGCGAUCUCAAGUCCAAAAACAUCCUGCUCGACACGGUCAAGGGCACCAAGCUCAUGGACUUUGGCGAAGCGCGACUGGACGCGCCCGAGACGAUGACGGCGGGUGUCGGAACGUGUCGCUGGACAGCACCCGAAGUGCUCCGGGGCGGUCGCUACAGCGUUGCCGCCGACAUUUACUCGUUUGGCAUGGUGCUGGCCGAGAUGGACGCUCACAAUAUCCCGUAUGCUCUCGAGCGAGACCCGAGCACGGGGGCACCGCUGGUUGAUGCGGUGAUUGUCACGCGCGUCCUGCAAGGCACGCUGCGCCCGGUCUUCUCGGCGGCGUGUCCGACCUGGCUGCCUGAUCUGGCGCUGCGAUGUGUGGACCCGAACCCUCUUGGUCGCCCAACAGCGGCGGACAUUGGCGUUCUCUUACGUGGUCACAUGACAGUCUAGUAAGAACAACAUCAAUAUUACACCCAUGGUUUAGUC